UAAUAUUUUCACACUCAAUACACGACAAAACAUCACCAUAUAGUAACAAAACAUCUCUAAACUCUCUCACACACUCAUUCACGCACUCAUCAAAGUACGUAGCUGUCUCUGUUCCCCUCUACUCAACAGCAACCGCAGCUGCCACAGCAGUCACCAGCAGCACUCUUUUCUUUUUCCUCUGCUUCCCCCUGCUUCUCUCCUCUGCUGCACACACACACACACACUUUUUUCUCACCACAUUCAUUCUCACUCACCCAGUUCUUACUAAUUUUUAACAUUGUACAUGGUUUAUAGCGCUAAGUCCGCGGGCUAAAAAUUUCUCAGUCGUAGUAGUAGCAGUACUCACUACUAUCAAAGUAGCACACACAGUCACACAUUGAAUCCCCGCUCUUCUUCUCCUCUCUCCAUAUUUGUUUUUUUUUUUCUUUCUACCAAUUUACACCUGUGCUCUGUGGGUUUUUUUGGUGGUGGGUUCGAGAUGAUUCAUGGGUUGAUUGACUUGAACACGGUGGACAAUGAGGACGACGGCGGCGGCGGUGGUGGUCCGGUGAGGAAGACGACGUCGUCGGAGUCGGUUUCGAUGGAGCUAUGGCACGCGUGUGCAGGGCCGUUGAUUUCGCUGCCGAAGAAAGGGAGUGGGGUGGUGUACUUGCCGCAAGGCCACUUGGAACGCCUCCCUCCUCAUGACCAUCUUCACCUCCCUUUAUCCUCUUCUGAUCUCCCUCCUCAUGUCUUCUGUCGCGUCCUCGAUGUCAAGCUCCAUGCUGAGGCAACUACUGACGAGGUGUAUGCUCAAGUCUCACUGCUUCCGGAUUACCAGGUGGGGCUUUUUUGUUUCUCAAUUUCACGCACUCACACACUGAGAAUUAAUUAAUUGCUAGUUGCAUUGGUAUUGUUUAAUUUGGGGAGUAUUUCGCAGAUGGAGAAUAAGUGGAGGGAAGGGGAAGUGGAACCGGAACCCGAAGAAGAAGAGGACAUUGAAGAAGGUUUUGGAAAGUCUUUGACACCCCACAUGUUCUGUAAAACACUCACCGCUUCCGACACUAGCACCCACGGUGGUUUCUCUGUUCCCCGUCGAGCUGCUGAAGAUUGUUUUCCACCUCUGGAUUAUAAACAACAGAGGCCUUCCCAGGAGCUUGUUGCCAAGGAUCUGCAUGGAACAGAGUGGAAAUUUCGCCACAUUUACCGCGGACAACCUCGAAGGCAUUUACUUACAACAGGUUGGAGUGCCUUUGUUAAUAAAAAGAAGCUUGUUUCUGGAGAUGCUGUGCUUUUUCUGAGGGGAGGUGAUGGAGAACUUAGGCUUGGUGUCCGAAGAGCUGUCCAAGUAAAAAGCUAUCCAACAUUUUCAGCUUGCAGUCCACAAUACAAUGCUAGCAGUAUAAGCUCGGUUGUGAAUGCUAUCUCAAGCAGAAGUGUCUUUCAUGUUUGCUAUAAUCCAAGGGCUGGGUCAUCAGAGUUUAUCAUUCCUUAUCCAAGGUUCAUGAAGAGUACAACGAGGUCAUUUUUAGCGGGAAUGAGAUUUAAAAUGCGUUUUGAGACAGAAGAUGCUGUUGAAAGAAGGUGCACUGGACUUGUUAUUGGGAUGAACGAAGUUGAUCCAGUUAAGUGGCCUGGUUCAAAAUGGAAGUCAUUACUGGUUAGGUGGGAUGAUCUUGAGGUGGCUCAGAAUAAUCGGGUUUCGCCUUGGGAGGUUGAGUUAUCUGGUAUGGUUUCUGGAAGCAGCCUCUUAGCUCAUGGUAUCAAGAGGACAAGGACUGGUCUGCCAAUGACAAGACUAGAUCAAAUUCCAGUUACCAGAGACGCCAGAGGAAGACCAGAAUUUGGAGAAUCAUCUCCAAGGUUGCAGAAGGUCUUGCAAGGUCAAGAAAUUAUGGGUUUGAAUGAUGAUGCUGUUGAUGCCAAGAGUUUUCAUUCAUCUGAAAUUGAAUCAUUUACUGCCACCGAUGAUUCCAGGAUGUCUAAUGAUUAUAACGAAACUUACAAGUUCCGAAGAGAUUCUACUAGUUCUUCUGAUGCGAGAUAUGCUGAGCCUUUUCAAUUCCACAAGGUCUUGCAAGGUCAAGAAACCGUCCUGAGCCCAGAACGCCGGAGACAUCCUACUGAUAACUGUCAUUUGAGUUGUAGCAGAGGUUCUGUACUCAAUGGUACUGUGGUGCUAGGCGAUGGAAAUAGAUGGACUUUUGCUCGAGACCACCAUACUCAUCUGCGACCUCCCCCAACAAUGGGGCAAGUGUUAUCACCAUCUUCUGUUAUGAUGUUCCAUCAAGCAAGCUCUCCGGUCACUAGAGGUCAUUUUGUGCGUAACGGCUACCUCGAGAAGGUAGAGGCCAACAACCCAGUGUUUGAUAAUUCUGGGAGGCACCUUACACAGAUAAGUCCAAACGGUUCAUCAGACAACAGCUCCAGGGCUGGAGAUCCUUGCGGGCUUGGUUCUGAUCUGUUCAGCGAAAAUAGAAAAGCAGAUUUGCCAGGCAUGUUGGCGUCAAAUCAAUCAUAUAGUAGUUGUGGCAGCAUAGGAACUUCAAAUUGUGGAAACAGCUGUAGAUUAUUUGGUUUUGCCCUGGCUGAGGGGAAAAAUGGUACAAUUGAAGCUGACCGCCGCAUCCAAAAUCCAACAUUCUUCCGUCAGGAAGCAACUUUUGGACCACAUACUGGUGUGAAGUUUCAGCCAAUAGCUCCACUGGCUACUAAAGUAGGCCGAAACAGUUGCACCAAAAGAAAUGAUCUCUAUAAUGUGAGGGAGAUGCUUUUUGAUAUAGCCUUAUAAAGUGAAUAUUUGGGCAUAUCAAACUGGAAGAAUCGGGGGUGGGCAUGGCACAUUAGUUAUUUUGUUUAGUCAUGAUGUUCUUUGGAGCCAAUGCAACGAAGAAAGGAAACUCCUGAAUUUAAGUAAGUAGGCCACUAGAUUUGCUUGUCAGAUGAUUUAAUUAUGAUGGGAGAAUGUUGCAGAUAUAUGCCAGUGAGAUUGAGCGGCUUUAAAUUUUACUCUCUGGCAUGGUGCUAUGUGCUAUGGUAGCGAAGAAAACUCUGAAAUGAUCUUUUGUGUAGAGAUUAGAGAUGGUCAGCAGCUUCUGAACUUUAGCUUCAUAAGUGAAGAAGUUCUAACUGAACCAUCCAAGGAGACUACUCAGAACGAAUGAAUGCUUACGAGACUCACUUGUUUUGAAUUCCUAAAUAGAGGUUUUGCAUGCAGACUUAAAUCGUACUUAUUAACUUUAGUAUGUAUGAUGAAUGUCUACUUCCAAAUCCAAAAGUUGAAGUGUAUAUUGAUCGUCUUCAUUCGAUUUCUCGAGCAAGUAGCAGUAUCAACCUGUUUUGUUACGCUUGCUAAACAUGUAAUGUGUAAUUUCAAGAGAUGCAAGUAAAUGUAAUUGCUCUCACAUGAAGUCGAUGUCAUUCUCCCGACUUUUCACUCUCUUCAGUAUCAAAUAUCUACUGCAUGUUACC